AUGCUGACUUCGCACCAAUGUUUAAAGCUGAAUUUUUUUACCCAACCAUCUGAGCAGAGUUACUGUUCAGGUCUGGGGCAAGGUAUGAGAGUUGACCUGACUGGAUAGAUAUUAUGAUUUUAACUGGUGCAGUUUGGUUUUCUGUUUUGUGAAUUGGUUUUAAUCAGCCAAUCAGAUGAGAAGCCAAAACUUCUUCAAGUAGUUCAUGGAUGUUUUAUCUUGCCUGAUGCUGGCUGGAUGUUAUUUCAUCUAAGUAUUGGAGGAUUUCUUUGUAAAACUGCAGUUUAGCACUAUGAAAAUAUUAGAAUGUGUUUAAAAGAUGCAGUCAAAUCGGCACUCUUGUCUCAGACACUACAGAAAGUAUAAGCUAGUCACUGUUUUAUAAAAGCUUAAAACAGUAUAUAUUUUUCAAUUCAUGGGACCCUGGCUUAGUAUUUGCUUACAGGAGUUGUUAAUCUUUUUGAGGUGUUUGUUACUUAACCCUUUUACUCCCAAGCUCUUACUAGCAAUUCUCCUUACUGCCCCCAUACAACUCUUGUCAUGUUAGUUUGGAAAAGUUGUUGUUGAUUGAACUAAUAAUCCUUUAAUUUUCUUUAUUGUCAUCACUUGUCUGCUUCAUAUUGUAUUGAUAUUGUAGGGAAAACCUAUGUCUUGGUCACUCAUUGUCAUUGAAAAACAGUUAAAUCAUGCCUAGAACCAGUUGCAUAACUUAUUUAAUGUGGCCAUUAGGAAAAGCACAAACUUCACUCUAGGCCUAUACCAUUCACUAUAUGAAUGGUUUCAUCCUUUAUAUAUGAAAGAUGUUGCAAAUAAUUUUACAACACAGAAUUAUGUGAAGGUUAAGUAUAAUUGA